AUGAACGAAGUCGUUAACGGGGGUACGGCCAAAGGCGGAGCCCUGAGCGCUGCCGACGCCAGUGGUUCGUUCUUAGCUUAUAAGAUAUUUCUUACGAAUUAUUUGAUUUUUCAGCUAUCGGCAACCUCUUUGUGCGCGAGUUUUACACCUGCUUGUCCCAAAACCCUUCGGAGGCUCACAGAUACUACGGUCACGAAUCGUUCUUUCAGUUUGAUGAUAAGAGUGCUGUCGGCCAACAGGUUUUCAAUUUUUUUUUUGCCCCAUCAUUUUUUGAUUCAGAACAUCGCGAAGGUUUUGGAAGAAGUGCACCCUCCAGCGAAAAAAAUGAAGAUCCUUUCUAUCAAGGUAUCAACUUUUAGAUAUUUCGAAGUUUUUUUUUUCAAAUUUACAGGGAAAUCCCACUUGCAAUCAAGGGAUCGUUCUCCAAGUGUGCGGAGAAAUGAACGAUCGCCGCUUUUUGCAAACUUUCAUUCUUGGUCAACAAGGAGCCAAAAAGUAUUACGUUCAAAAUGAUUUCCUGCAGUUCGUUGAUGUUGCUUUUGCGAGCCCCACAAAGACCAACGAACCGGUAUUUGCCUGUUUUCUCUGGACUACAACGAAUCCGUUGAUCCUAGAAGCAACAAAAGAAGCUCAACAAUGGCCACGCCACUUCUCGUGCGCCUAAAGCUGAGUCUCCAGAGCGAGUGAAGCCUGCUCCUGUUCAAGAAAAAACUCCCGUGAAACCACCAACCCCUCAACAGCCCGCUCGAAAGCAGAGCAACCAAACGGAAGGCGAGUUUUUGUUCUCUUUCUCGAUGAUCGAAUAACUCUUUCAAUAGCUAAACCGCUUAAUUAAAAUUCAAUGAACUGCUUUAAAAAAAAACGGUAUUUGAAGCUUGACGAGUAAUGAUUUAAUAAAUUCCUUAUUAUUUUAUUGAAAAAAAUUUUUGAUUUGAUUUGAUUGAAGUUAUUUUUCUAGAACGUGCUGCCAAGUCCCAUUCAAACAAGGAACAUCCGCCGAAACAAGUUAAAGAACUCGUCACGGAGACUGUGAAACCUGUCCAGCAUGUGGCUCCUGCGCCAGAGCCGCACCCGGUCGAGCAGAGACAGAAAACUUGGGCAAACCUCGUUGGCGGAGGCUCUAAGAACAACGUUGCUCCACCUUCCUACGCUAUUCAUCCGCAGCAAAACAACCAUCAACAGGCUUCUGCCAACAAUGGUCCUCAGAAGCAAGAGCAGAGACGUUUGUUUUUUUUUUCAUUACGAAGUUUUUCGGUGUAUCUAAAAAAGUUAUAUCGCACACGCUUAGCGAAAGACAAAAAGAUGAUAUAGCAACUUUUCGAAGAUCAAAAAUUCUCAUUUCAGAAAAUAACCACUACAAAGAGCGGAACAAUCAGCAAAAUCAAGGAUUUUCUUCGUCAUCUAAUAACACGUCCGACAGGAAAAUUUAUCUUGGAGGAAUCGUACGAAACAUCGUCCCAGACAGCACUGCCACUGCUGAAACUGAAAUCAAAACUCUUUUUUACAGUAAGUCGUCUCAAAAUUGUAUAAAUAGUGCUUUUUCGGUAAUUUUAAACGUUUAUUUUUUCAGACUACGCUCCCGUGGAGUCCGUUUCCAUUCCUAGAAAGGUGUUGGAUUCGCCAAACGACACGAGUCGCCAUGCUUUCGCUUUUAUCACCAUGCGUCACCCCGAUGGAGCGAAGCAAGUCUUUGACGCGGCAGAGAAAGAUGUAUGUUCGAAUAUUUACAUUUUUAUUUCAAAAUGGGAAGACAAAUUUCAGAGAAAAUUUCAAUUAAAGCGGACAGCGCCUUCUUAAACAAUUAGAUAGUUAUAGCAUAUUAAAAAAAACAGGAGAGGUUUAUUUAUGAGAAGAGUUUUAAAAAAACCUGAAAAGACGAGUGAACUUUUUUUAGUGCCGACUUGUUCAAUAAUUUGUUUUAUGAAUUUUUUUAGGAGAGCGGAAAUUAUCGGUUGAACCUCAAAAUCGAUGCUUUCGGCUUCGACGGCUCUGUCACUAUCAGUGAGCAGAAGCCGCCUCUUGGGAACGGCGGCGGUGGUUUUCGCGGACGAGGCGGAUUCCAGUCGCGAGGAGGAUUUCCGAAUCGCGGACGCGGUGGAUCCUCCUCGAAUGGCGGCCGUGGAGGCUUCCGCAAUUUCCACAAUCAGCAGCACCAGGGUGUCGCGCAGAGUGUUCACAAUUAA